AUGCACAUCUCCGUCGUUGUGCUGGCCUUCGCGGCCGCUGUUGCUGCUUCGCCUUACCCUUGGGCUCAACCGCAAGUCACUGAUAUUCCUGCCCUGCCGACGAACAAUGGAACUGAACCCCCAAAUGCCACUACCACGAGGCACCAAAACCCCCAUAAGGAGCCAACGCCGACCUUCAAGUUAAGCUGCGAAUGCCCGAAGCCGAUCAUUCCUGUUGAUCAAUUGACGCCUGCGGAGAAAUGCGAGUUCGAAUUUGGAGCCGCGAUGGCCUGCUACUACCGAGCCCAAGGCGGAUGCCCUUCGCCGACAUUGGCUUGCAACGGACUCUAAGAUGUUCGGUAUGUGCAAUCGAUGUAAACGUUAAAAUCGAC